UAGGUUGUGAAGUGACAUCAAACGUGCCCCUCACACCGCCUCACCUCACUCGCUCUUUCGGCAGUCUAGGUUGCCAGGUAUUCAUUCCGAGGAUCAACACACAUUAGUAAAAGGAUGUAUUUUAAUUUUUCUUUGUCUACAAAUAAAUAUUUGGCGGCCGCGGUACAUUAUAUAAGUAGCUAGCCCAAAAAACCCCGCGGGUCUGUUUUUUUUUUUUUUUUUUUUGGUUUGGUUUUGCUUUUUUUUUUGCCCACGUCUGCAUUUCCAUUAUAGCACAAGGGAAAACAGCGACCUCAAACACAGAGCUAACAGUUUGCGCAUGAUGUCUUCGUCCAUCUUCCUCACUGUUUACACAGUAAAUUCUUGUUAAAUAGAAAACUAACGUUACAUAGCCUAUCAAAAGGCAAACCCAGCAUGCAGCUGAAAUUACGGUGGAAGAUUACUACUACAACGAAUGAAGGGUAUCUGAUCGAGAAUGGAUGGAUGGACUUUCUUUAAUUUAACGAAAUGCUCAUUUCCUUUUGUUGGAAAAGUGUUCCCGUGAUACUGCUGUUUGAUUUUAUUUUAUUUUCAUUCAUCUACGUAAGAACUGGAGGUGUAAAGGUUAUUGGUCAUGAUACAACAACCAUAUAUGGAGAGAACGCCACUUUGUUGUGUCAGCUGACUGAGACUGAUGAUAGUGUAACUCGUAUUAUAUGGAAGAAAAAGACACAAGAAAACCCAGUAGAGAAGAACUUCUUUGCCAUUCUUCCAGAUGGCACAACUCAACAUCAAAAUGGAUUGAGAGACAGAGUACAAUUCAUUGGAAACUUUGCAAAGAAAAAUGGAUCAAUUCAGCUGCUUAGAAUGAGGCUUCUGGAUGAUGGGAUCUACACCUGUGUUUUCAAUCUAUUUCCAAGUGGGACAUAUGAGACUGACAUCAAUGCCACAGUUUUUGUUCGUCCUGUGGUUAAUGUGAAAGGGGAAGCACCAGUUGCUGGUUAUUUAAAGGCUACAUUAGCAUCAUGCUUUGCCUCUAAUGGCUGGCCUGCAGCAGCAGUGACAUGGAGGUUAGGAGAUCUGGAAAACUCUCUGAGGACUGAAACCAACCACACAGUGCACCCCAAUGGGACCAUUACUCUUGUGUCCUACCUAUUUGGUGUCCCAGUCAAACAUUUAAACAAAAAGAAUGUCCAGUGUGUGGUGAAACACAACACCCUAAGACAAGACCUCGUACUGAACUACACAAUAAACAUCCAUUAUCCUCCAGGGUCAGUGGUUAUAAUUCCUGACAGUCCAACAAAUGCUAAAGAAUUCAACUGUAAAGUGGAUAGUAACCCAGAACCAACCAACUAUACCUGGACAAGAGUGAAUAAAAGUGUUCCCUAUUAUGAAGGCAACAAACUUCCUGUCCCAAAACAGUUCAUUGACUUUAAUGGCUUGUACAUCUGUCAAGCUUCAAACCAGCAUGGAAGCUCAUCAGGUUCUCUUUAUGUGAAUGUUCAUACUGAAUCCAGCACCGUCUGUUGGGGUCUGUUUGGUUUUUUCAUCAUCUUUGCUCUUCUUGUUGCAGUUGCUGGGGUUGUGAUACUCAAAAUCAAGCCGGCAAGGACUCCAGUAUCACAGGAUUCCAAUGAUGAAGAACCACAGGACAGUGGAGGACUCUAAGCAAGAUGGGACGAUGGCUGUGAUGAUCAGAAUGAACAGGAAUGGAGAGCUUUCAGAUUAGAGACAGUGACAGCUGUGUGCGGGCCAGUGCUUCAUCAUAAACUGGAUGACUUAAAUCGCCGGAUGUUCAUUUUUAGAAUUUUUUUAAGGACUGGUAAGGGGAGGAUUCAGAGUGAAAUCACUUCAGAGGUUUUCUGCAGCUUCUGUUUUCAGCUAACAUGAUGGGAGAUCGCAUAUUGUAGAUCACACAAGACUCUAGAUUAAAGAGAUAUAAUGUGCAGGAAAAUACCUUACUUUCAAUAUGAAGCUGGAGUGAUAUUAUAUUUCAAGCUGCAAAAGUCCAUUCUGAAAACAGUACAAUGUUUUAAGCAUUCUGUACAGCUUCCCUUUUCCUGACAUCUAUAGAGCUUGACUCAAAUGGGGAAGAAUUGCAUUCAUAUUGUGUUCUCUACAUCUGCAUUUGCAUUAGCACCUGAUUAAUAGAAAAUUAGAGCAAAGCACAAUAUGCAGGCUGCAGUUUCACAUUUGGCAGGCCUGGUCUGCUUUUUAGGCGGUGGAAGAUUAGGCAGAUCUGGCAAGUAUUACUUGUGCUGUACAACAUCACUCAUUCGUGCGUCUGAAUCAGUUCUUUGCUGAAAGUGUGCUUGAUUACACACCACAUCUAGACAUAAUUUGUCCCCUUGGAAUUAUAAUGUUCUAUCUGACAUUUUUUGUCAAACUUGAGUUAUUCACAUAUUCUUAUUCUGUGACAACUUAUUUACAUUAUGUGAUGUUUUUGGUAAUGUUGAGUACAUUUAGGGACUUUUUAUUUAGAAAACAAAAAGGUUCUGUCUACAAAGUCGAAUGGAAUGCAAAAACUUUGAAGCUCAAUAUCUCAAAACUGCUCUGAAUGCAGAACCUUGUAAUUCCAAGGGGAUGAUAUGCCCUGUUAUUUAAUAUGUUGUGAGUGAACCGUUAGCACAAAAAGAAAGAGCAGGAUAUCCUAUAUCAACGGAUGUCUGUUAAACCUGAAAAAGCGGGGUGGGUAUAGGGGUGGGGGAUUGGGCGCGGUGUUGACAUUGGUGUUGAUUUUUAAACCAACUGUCUAACUGUAGUUCUUUUUUCUUCCUUUGAGUUCUCACUUUAACACUUGAGUGAUGAACAAUGCCAUAUUUUGAAGACACUUGUUAUCAGUUUUUGAUGAUAGCAGAUGGUAUAUAUCAGUAGUUUCCAUUCUUGUUCAUGGAAACCCCCGAAAAGUACAUAUCCAUUUCAGAGGUUUUGGACAUGUUGGAUCAGGGUUAGAACUGAAUUCUGAACUCAGGUAUAGCUCUCCAGGAGUAGGAUUGAAUACCCCUGGUUUAAAUAUCAUGCUUUAUGAAUUCACUGUAAGCUGGUGUGAAACUUGACACCCAUGUUUUAGCUUGAAAAGUCAGUAUCUUAACUGCAGGUACCACAUCCUAAGCUAGUAGCAUAGAUAUAUACACUAGAUGUCACCUUGGGGUUCUAAGCAUGCGUCAAAACCGCCGCCAUCUUGGAACAGGGGUCUUGUCAUAGGAAGUAGCUAGGUAACGCUGCUAUCUCCGCCUGUACUUUGAAUUCAUGGACGAUGCUUUUGUGCUGCGUAUGGAUGUUCAAACGAAAGAAAUCUAAAAACCAGACAGCAAGGGAUUACAUUUCACAAAUGAGAAUGUGUUUUAUGAUAUUGAAUGUUAUGAAAUUAUAUUUCUGGUUACGUUGGUUUGUUUCAGUCCUUGGUUAACGACCGCAGCUAAUCCAUGCUAGUUACCCAUUAGUUUUUGACAGUUAGGAAAACCGACAAUGAACAGAACGUAUUUAUAUCAAUGUAAUAUGAUCGUAAGAUGUUGGAAAUGUGGACAGUUGAUUUGCUAGCACUAUGCAUUAUAUUUUUAAAAAGUAGAUUAUCUUAAUAUCAAAACCUUAAAUUUUCUCUGGACUCAAUGAUAAAUACAUGUCUGACCGUUGGAACGAACCAAAAAAAAAACUAGAAAAUUGCAUUCAUGACGAUUUAUGGUGAUUUUAUUUCCGUUAGACCUUUGCCUACAUUGACGCUGAUGCAUUAAAGAGGAGGGGCUCCCCUGUUCCAAGAUGGUGGCUCUAUUGACGCAUUCGUUCCAAUGAACUGCCGUAGCCAAGGCGACAUCUAGUGUAUAUAUCUAUGAGCUAGUAGCACGAACUGUCUGUACACUGCCUUACUGCAGCACAGGUUUUCAGAGAUUUCUCUUAUACCUUCUGCACUGAAUGAUUUUAUGUUAAUGUCAAUUAUUCAUUUCCUUUUUCUGUAUUUAAAAAUGUUGACUGCAUUAGUCAACCACAAAACCCUUAUUGUUAAAAAAAAAAAAAAGAAGUAAUUUGCUUAAGUGGGUUUUUCUCUUCUCUCUUUUAGUUUGCUGCUCAGCAUUCUGUUGUUGCUGAUGGUAAGCUUUGGCCUUUCGACUACAACGCAUAUAGAAGCAUGUUUUUAACUCUGCAAGCCUUAGCCUAGUUAUGUAUACCUGGUUGAUGUACAGUACCUUUAAGUUUAUUUAACUAAUGUGUGCCUAUACCAACUGUGUGCAUGAACUGAUUUGGCACUAGUUAAAUAACCUUCCUAUUCUGGGUAGCUUACACAUUAUGAUUCAGGACACUAGCUAGCGAUCUGGCCCUGGCAUACAUAACUAGUCAUCAUGCGCUUAACAUGGCUCUACAAAACAGCAGCACAAAAGUCUUGGCGACAUUGUCAGGGACUUGUGCUGUGUUUUUGUGCAGCUUCAGUUUUUUUUUUUCUUUUUUUUUUUCUGUGCAGAUUUUAUAUGCUCCCCACAGCAUGUCUUUGUACAGCCAUGUGUACUUUGUGCUUUCUCUGCAGCAGCAGUGUAAGAUCUUGACCAUUUUUUUUUUUCUUUUCUACCAAACUGCUCGGACCACAAUAAUUUAUAUUUUUAUAUUUAUAAUUACCAUUAAAUAUUCAGUCAAAAUGUAUUUGAGAAUUUAACCCACACUAAAAAAAGGUAUCCAUUUAAUUAACAAGAUAACUAAAAUGGAUAAGAAAAUGGAUGAUGUUUUCUUAGAACUAACAUUUUCAGUUUUCAACACAUGAGGCCUGUUUAAUGAAUAUAUCUUUAUUAUUAUUAAUGGUGCUUGCCUCUGGCAAAGCAUCAUUAUUGUUCUCUUGCAUACUUAUUAUAUUCUUCCACACAAAACUUAGGCGUGUAACUUGUCCCGCACUGUUUGUCCUAGACCCAUGAAUGAGGUGUCAAAUCGACCGGCUCAUUGAGGAGAGGUUUGCUUUGACUUUUCUAAGCGAUCGGACUAAUAAUGUUCGCACAGCAGAUGAAAAAGCAGCCAAAAAAGUCCCAUAGAUUUACAUUGAAAAAUUCAAAUUCAGAACAUCGCAGAGACAUGGGGGUUGCCUCAUUUGACUCAUGCUAGCAAACUAGACUUUCAACAUGCUACACAUGCUAGCAGUGAAUAGCUACAUGCUAAUAGCAAUCAUGCUAAUCAUUGGUUUAAAAUGCCAACAACAUAUAAUAUGAACACUUUCUAAAAAAAAAAAAAAAAAAAAAAAAAAAAAAAAUAUAUAUAUAUAUAUAUAUAUAUAUAUAUAUAUAAAUGAUCAGUUAAAGUAGGGAAGUUUUAUUUCUAACAUUCUUUUCAUGUGCCGUAGCACAUACAGGGAAAUGAUUUCAUUGCAUUGCAGAUAUGUCACUUUGCUCACAGCUAAUGCAUCAAGUGUCUGGCUAUGAUCUGAUCAACAAAACCUGCCUCGGAGCAGCUGAGCUGUGUAGCGUUAGUUAAUAUGGUGAUGAACAGCGGUACACUGAUACACCAUGGACUGAAAAAAUGCAAGCUCUUUUUAUGACACAAAAAAACUGUAGUUUGCUCCAUUGGGUAGCCAACUACAUUUCACAGGCCUCUUGUGUCAAGGUGAUUUUAUAUGAAGUCCGAAAAUGCAAAGGCUUGAAGAAAUGGUGCUAUAAAAGCUUUUAUUUAUUUGUAUUUACAUUGCUGAGAUGAGACGAACAUUCAUAUUUUGUUUGUAACAAUGUGUAGCCUACAUUUUGUAAUAAUUUCUACAGCCUAAAAAAAUUUCUUGCAUAGAAACAGUCAGUACACCCCUUCAUUUAUUACUACAUCAAGUGCAUAUUAGAAUAUCCUUAAAUAUUAUAAUAUUAUACCAAAGCGUGCUUGAGGAGUGGAGGAAUGGCUCAGAAUAAAGACAAGGAGUUUAGAACAACCAAGUCAAAGUUUAGAUUUCAAUGUCAUGAGGAACAUGAAUUGAGAAUGGGCAACAUUUUGAAUGAAAGAAAAUACACGCAAAAAUGGUGUGGGAUUUACUUUGAAACAAUUCAUUUGCUAUUAAAUUGCAUAAAUAAUACAAAGAAAUUGCAACAACUAAUUUCUUUUCUUUCUUUUUUUUUUCUUUCUUUUGUAGUUAUUUUUAUACUAAUUUUGACAUUUAGGCAAUUUAGAAAAUAUAGUUUAGCUUGAGUAUUUAAGUCAUUUUAAGAUAAAACAAUAACACAUAAUGCCGUAAUGUAAUACUUUAAAUUUAACUAAAAUAAAUUUAGAUUGUGCAAACAAAUUACAAUGGUGGUUGUUUUGCAGCAAGGUCGAGACUUGUUGAUGAAAAAGUGACCAGUACAAGAAAAAUGGUGAAUAAAGUAUACACACACACACACACACACACACACACACACACACACACAAGUGAGAGACAGAAAGAUAUCAGGGAAAAUGGAAGUGAAGGUGCAGUUCAAGAGAGAACCUUUAAUUAUUUUGCAUGGCCCCAGCCUAAGGAUUUAAACCUUUUUUAUGUUACAAAAAAAUAGUGUUGUCUAUGGUUUCAAAAUUUGUUGUGGGUGUGUGGGAUGGCCUGGAUGAGUGUGAGAUUUCCCGGCCUGAAAUUUUGUCCCAGUCCACCCCGGCUUAGGACUACUCAUAUGACGAGGCAGCGUUUUACUUCUUCUUAUUAUUAUUAUUCUUUUUUCAUUGUUUUAAAAUAGUAUGACACUUCUGUUUGUUCCUUUGUUCCUUCUGUUUGUUACUUUACCAGACACUGUAUGUUCGACUCCUGGUUGAAGGAUAAUUUUGUUGUUUAAAGAGUAGUUUAGAGUCUGACUCCUUUCCCUUUGUUUUGUCCUUUUUUUUUCUUUUCUCUAGAUACUGUUGAAGUAUAGGCUACUUGAAAUCCAAGCACAUUGGAAAUGCUUUAAUAGAUGUAAGUUUACAUUUUAGCCUAUAACUGAAGGUUGUUUGAAUGCUUUUAGACUUCAGCUGUGUGUAUCUGUAUAUGCUAAACCUUAUAGCCUGUUUGACAAUAAAAACUUGAUUCAGCAACCUGGGUUGUUGUAAACUGUUUGUAAUGUAAACAUUACAAUAAAACCAAUUUAUGGUUGUAGCCUGGAUUUCAACUAUAGACAUGUACUGACUCUUGCAGGUCACUGUAAAUGUAUCAAAUGAAGAGAAUAGUUUUGGUGCACAUCUGUGUUCAUCUCUGCGUGUUUGUGUGUUGUUGUCGCCAUCCGAUUGCUUAUCAGCGUUACAUAGCAACCAAAGUCCCUUUAAGACAAGUCAUUUCACUCAGCGGCCAUCUUUGAAACGCCUCUCGGGCAUCCAAGUGCAGCUUCUAUCUCUUUGAAUAGGGAAACAUCAAAUUCUCCAAAACUGUUCGCCAAUCUUACGAAUAAAUUUCAUAUUUGAAAUCACCAAUGAAAUCUGACAACAACUGUCUCAUACUUUUUGUUACUAAACGCUCGAUUCAUGACAAAAAAAUGGUAUUUUCCAGGCCGGAUCAAGCUAAUGUGCAUGCGCAGUCCUAAAUGCGUGUCUCUUGUGUCUUAUUUCGGAGGUGCGCGUCUGAUUGUUUCUAUAGGAACCGGAGCUUCUAAUGGCCGCUGUAGUAACGUGAUGACUUUACCAAUCGGCGAUUGGCUCUUAUUUAGAAGGCGGGACUUAUUCCGCCAUAUUGCCCGUUGCACUUUCUCCCAUUCAUAAUAAUACGAGUGACGCGUCUUGUGUUAUUCUAUAGUCUUUGAUAGCAACCACUGUUCUGGCAAGCUAAUCAGAGCAGCUGCACCUGCAGUGCAUUACCACUCCUAUAUCUGACUCACGUUUUUCUGUGUUUGCUGUCAGAUCAUGGUUUGCUUAUGCCCUGUCAUUUGUUCUCACCGUGUCCUGCCUUAUUAUUAUUAUUUAUUAUUUAAUUCAGCCUGUUGCAGUCUCUGUGUUACUAGGGCCUGCUGUUCAUUUCCAUGACAACAUCUGACCAUUUGUCUUUAUUUCCCUGCAUGUUGUGAAUAAACUUUAUUGUUAUACUCGCAA